AUGGCGAUGAUGAUGAGUGGCCGUGUGCUGCUGGUGUGUGCCCUCUGCGUGCUGUGGUGCGGUGCCGGCGGUGUCUGUACUGACGAGGUGGUACCUGUUGACGAGCCACCUGUUAUUUCUGCGAGUGGUGGUUCUGGAGCUGCCGACAAAGACACUGGUCGUACGGUGCCUGGUGGAGCGGAAAACCUUUCUGCACAGCAAUCAAAGCUGCAGAAAGUUGGGGAUUCGUCACCCGGGAUAUCGUCAUUGGAAGCUGCCUCAGAGAUUGAAUCAACAAAAGAGCAGACGCAAUCCGACCACGAACACAAGGAUCCAGUGACACCUUCACAAUCAUCGGGAGAACAGCGGCAAGAUGAACAACAUGAAGGUCCACCAGGGAAACCGGGGGCGUCACUCGGUCAAGAGGAGAGGAAGCAUGCAUUAGAUGGAGUUCCAGAGAGAAAUGAUCCGCCACCUGUUUCAAGUAACAACAAUACCGUCAGCAGUAAUAGUGAGGAGCGCACAGAAGAUACUCCGAGAAGUACUGAAAUUAUUGUUGCAGCACCGUCAGAUGAGGGGCAGGAAGAUGAAAACGCCACUCCUUCCUUGGAACAACCUCGGGAAACUUCCACAGCCGCACCGGCCAUUACCACUCAAACAAGUUCCACGACACCGACUGACGUUAGUGAGAGCAACACCGUCAAAAUGAGUGAUGCAUCACAACAAACAGCAAAAACAACCACCGCUGCUCAAACAAAUCAUACGGCGACACCUGGCGACAAUGACAGCAGCACCGCGGCCUCCCACACCGCCUCCCCUCUUUUGCUUCUUCUUCUUGUUGCGUGUGCGGCUGCUGCUGCGGUGGUGGCCGCGUGA